AACCACCCUCAUACCUGGAAAAAGCUUUAUCUUGCUCAUCAUUGGCCAGUGACUGUAUGUAAGAUGACUGCUAAUGAUUGUCAAGACCCUCCAAAGUACUGGACAAUCCAUGGACUGUGGCCUGACAAAGGUGAAGACUGUAAUAGGACAUGGCAUUUCAAUGUCACUGAGAUUAAGGAUCUUAUGUCAGACAUGAGACAGUAUUGGCCCGAUGUGCUUCAUUCGUCUCUGAAUCGCACCCAGUUCUGGAAACAUGAGUGGGACAAACACGGCACUUGUGCAGCCACACUUGAGGUCCUCAAUUCUCAGAAAAAAUACUUUGGUAAAGCCUUAGAACUCUACCAGCGUAUUGAUCUCAACAGUUGUCUCUUGAAAGCUGGGAUAAAGCCAAGCAGUUCGUAUUACAAGAUGACUGCCAUAAAGGAAGCUCUUACAAGGUUUUAUGGUGUAAUGCCCAAGAUCCAAUGCCUUCCUCCAGAAGAGGGUGAAGAAGCACAGACAAUUGGCCAGAUUGAAUUCUGCUUCACCAAAGAACUGCAACUAAGAAACUGCACAGCACUGAAGGGUGGAUCCAACGCAAUGCAGGCUCCCUUGAAGCUUGGAACUGAGGAGUUGUCUGUCUGCAAUGAUACUCUCCCAACCUAUUAUCCUUCAAAGGUCCAAGAUCACAAAUGAAGCCAUAUGAGUUUGAAAACCUUUUUAAACAGCAACAAAAAAUUGUAAUUAUUGUAAUAUUACAACCCCCUGUCCGUAUCACAGGCAUACUGUGAAGAUUUCUGCUGGAAAACACAGUUCUUUUGCCAUUAAAGGAGAAUGGUCGACAUGACGGGAUUGGAAUCUGA